GGUGAAAAUAUACACGUUAUCCAUAUCAAUCUAAAUGAGAGUCACUCUCUGCGUGACGUCAUGCGCGCCAGCGGACGAAAAGCGAACAGCGGAGCAUCCGGCACUGGUACACGCCGAUUCGAACACCUCCAAAUAUGUAACCACAUGUGCCUUGGCUUGCGUUGGAAUCUCGGUCUGUACACCGCUUUAAGCAUCAGCGCUGCUUGUUUCAAUUUACUUUGUCAAGAUGCGCAAUCCUCUGUAAAUGUUUUGUUUAAGCAACGUGACGGAUCAUGUGUGUAUAUUAUAUGGCUCAUCACUUUCAUCGGUCAGAGUACGAGGAAUAUGGAAUUUACUUUAUUCAGGUUUUUAAUUUAUACCUUAAAAGGUAUCUAGAGAAAAACAUCUUUGAUGAAACGCCUAGUGUCAUUGUCUCGAAAAAGUAUUUCAACUUCUCAGAAAAAGUAAUACCAAGAGGCUUUGAGUAAUGAGUAUCAUAAUUAUUAAGCUAUUAAUGUUUGACUCUGAUGUGAUGUAACAUCUGCUUCAGAGAUGGCGUUAUUGGAGGCCUAAGCUGCAAGCUAUAUACUAUAGCUGGAAGGAAACAACAGUGCAUAGAGAGGA